GAGAGUAAGGAAAGGAAUCCCCUACCUCCAGGUGAAGUAGUUGGUGAGGGGAAAAAAAGAGGUCAAGAGGGAAGUUCCAACUUCCUCCCUUGCGGAGCUUUAAAAUGGGAUGACAUCUGGACGUCACGGCCUUAAAGCUUUCGCUCCCCCUGCAUCCUGACUGUUGAGCCGUAACACACCCUGGCCGUCGACCUUUGACUCCUUACCCCGGAAGGGGGGCAUCAGGGAGAAAAUGCGGUGCCCCACCCUGUUUGCCUUGCUGGUGGGGGUCAUGCUGUACCUGGCGGUGGGAGCGCUUGUUUUCCGCAACCUGGAGGCCCACCAAGAGAGAUGGGCAUAUGAGAAGCUGAGCCGCAUAAAGAGCACCUUUGUCCACAACCACUCGUGUGUCAGUGAGCAGGGCUUCAAUGACCUCAUCCAGGGGGUGGUGUCUGCAGUGGAGGCAGGCCUGGAUGUUGCAAGCAACUCCACCAACUUCACCAGCCACUGGGACCUGGCCUCUGCCUUCUUCUUCUGCGGCACCAUCAUAACCACCAUCGGUUUUGGGAACCUUUCUCCUCGGACUAAGAUCGGCCAGCUGUUUUGCGUGUGCUAUGCCCUGGUUGGCAUCCCCAUGUUUGGCAUACUGCUUGCCGGGGUGGGGGACCACAUGGGUACGGUGUUGAGGAGAGCCGUGGCUAAGAUUGAGACCCUCUUCCUGAAACGUAAGGUCAGCCCCACCAUCGUACGUGUGAUCUCAGCGGUUCUCUCCAUCCUGAUUGGUUGCCUGAUCUUUCUCGCCGUGCCCGCAGUAGUGUUCCACGAAGUAGAGGAGUGGUCUUUUCUGGAGGCGCUGUACUUCGUGGUGAUCACCCUCACCACCGUCGGCUUUGGAGACUAUGUGCCAGGUGUGGAGAGACACACACAGACACACAAAAGAUUCCUAUACUUCAAGCCCCUGGUGUGGUUGUGGAUCGUAUUUGGCUUGGCCUACUUCGCCUCCAUCCUCACCAUGAUAGGCAACUGGCUGAGAGUGCUGUCUAAGAGGACUCGCGCUGAGAUGGAGGAGCUGAGAGCUCAUGCCACAGACUGGACACAGAACAUGUCUAUGGACUUCCGCAUCCCCAACCCUCUGGAGUUUAACGACCCCUUCCUUCUGCAACGCCGACGCUGGAAACGCAGUGAGCGCCGCCGCGUCCGCCGUGGAGCCCAGGGGACAUUGGGAUACUGGGUCCGGGGGGGAUCUGAGAAUGGAUACCUGCCCAACCGCUGGGCCGGCCUUUCUCGCUCCACGAGCCAACUGAAGGUCUACUCACGCAAUGAGCCGGACGUGGCGUCUGAGGUCAGGGCCCGGGGUAAAUGUGGUGGAAAGGUGGUGGUGCCGAGGGCUGGGACACACUUGGAGAUCAGGUCGUUCACCCGCUCACUCUCCCUCCCAGUGACCCACUCUGCCUCUGAGCUGGACUCGCCAGAGAGGGUCCUGCACGGAGACUCCUUCUCUGGAUCCGAGUCUCCAUUUGGCUCCAGGUCACACGCCUUGUCCUCCACCUCGUCCUUCUCAGAACUUCACAGUUUCCAGCCCUGCCAGACCAUCAGUGAUGUGGAGCAAGGCUUUCAAAGUUGCGUAGAGCCUCAAGGAAAUGUAGACGCCCUCACUGUGCCAGGGGGAGACAUACAGAUCCAGCUGGCAGAGGUUGCUGUGUUUCUGGUGGGUGGCGAGAGCGGAUGCACACCUUCCACCAUCUUUCUCCCACCCUCCUCUUCCUCCUCCUCUCCUGCCCCUGCCCACGUGCCUUCCCCGCAGCCCUCCCCUCCCUUGCCAUUAGCCUCAUCCCCAGGCUGCCAGCUCUUGGAUUUCUUUGGGGAGAAUCUGGCAUACAUCGACGAGUCGUCGGACACCCUGAGUGACCGAUUCCAGCCUGCAGAGAGCAAGGAGAAGAAGAGACGGCCCUGUAAGCCCAAGAGGAGGCGUGUGAGGGGGCAGCUGCCGGGAAGAAUUGGCCCCCUUAAAGCUAGGAAGAGGCUCAACAGCAAUACCCAGCCCCCGUCCAACCCCCCCACCCCUCCUCCUCAACCCACGCUCUGA